CGUUAUUAUAGAAAGCAUUAGUAUAUGCCGAAUAUUUAGCAUUGUCAUUCAACACUAACUAUAUAGCACACUAGGAAGACACCACCAUGGGACUAACACCCGUCCACUUCUUCUCUCAUGGCUCGACCAUGAUGCUCGGCGAAGAGUCCACUUCAGCCGACUACUGGAAGAAAUGCGGCGACGAAGCCCUAGCACAAGGCAUCAAAGGCGUGGUCAUCAUGGGCGCCCACUGGGCCUGCCACGGCGACGGCAUCGAAGUCUCCACGAACCCUAACCCAGGCAAAAGCCCCGUCGCCUACGUCCACCCGUCCAAAUACGUCGACUACAAACUCAACCCGGACCUACCCACCUCCCACCGAUGCAUCUCCCUCCUCAACCAAGCCGGCUUCAAAGCCUCCGGCAACGACACUUUCGAAUGGAUCCACGACGUCUACCUCAUCCUCAUCCGCAUGUUUCCUGCCGCCUGUCCACCCACCACCCUCAUCUCCUCCAACGCCCGCUACGACCCCCAUUACCACAUGAAAGUCGGCUCCACGCUGCGCCAGCUCCGUCGCGAGAACUACCUCAUCAUCGGCACUGGCGGUGCCGUGCACAACCUCUACCGGAAUCGGUGGGCGCCGAUGCUGCGCUUCCGUGAUACCUUUGCGAUGGAGACGCCGCCGGAGGACUGGGCGUUGGAGUUUCGUCAGGCGGUGGAGGAUGUUAUGGUUAAGUGUUCUGGUGGGCCAAAGAUGAGGCGUGCGAUGACAAGGUUGAUGAAACACCCUGAGUAUAGGGAUGCGCAUGCUACGGAUGAUCAUUUCAUGGCGGCGCUUUUUGUGGCGGGCGCUGUUGGGGAGUGGGAGGAUGAAGGGAGCAAGGUUGUGCUGGGGGCGGAGACUUGGGAGUUGACGAAUAUGUGUAAUUCGCAGUUUACGAUUGGGGAGUGGAAUAAGCUGGGUUAG